UGUCAGACUAUUUCAUUUGGUAAAACAGACUCGAAACUUUGAACUGCCGAAAUAAUUUGUUGUAAUCAAUUCAAAGCAAUGACCAGCAUACCACCAUAUGAAGUAUCAAUAAAGAUUCCAUUUCCAACGAGACGACAAGCCGAAGUAGCCUACGACGUUUUACGCGUGGACGAGGAACCGCGACGGAGUGCCGUGUUCAAAACACUUUCACUCGAAGAUAGUAAACUCAUUGUAUACUUUUCCGGCGAGCAAGCAAAAAAUGUACGCGUUGGAAUGACAUCGUUCUUCGAAUCACUGAUUCUUUGCUGCGAAACGUUGGAUCAAUUCGGUUCGCCCACAGAAAAGUACGAUUUCUAUUAAGCAAUAAGAUGCCAGAACAUACACCCGCACCAACACCACACCGAGCUGUCUAUGGAUUCGCCGUAUUUCUACUAUUCAAAACGCUACUCAUCUUAUACCUGUUCUGGGCCUUCGUUCCGGACGACUUCUUGGAAAACAGUCUCGGAUUGACCUAUCUUCCCGACAAAUACUUUGCAAUGUUCCUGCCCAUGGUGGUUAUGAUGGGAUUGAUGUUUUUCGCAUUUUUAAUCUAUCCCGCAUUGAAUCUAUCCAUUACGGCCGACGUCGAUCAUGUGUCGACAAUCCGGGACAAUUAUUCGAUCCGUCGAUGUAAAUUCCAAUUCAAAACCGGAAAGUUAUGCGAUCGAAGAGUUGACAUUGAUCCGACUGCCGGCUGGGAGGUUAGUGAAUUUUGCACAUUGCACAAAAGUGAUGGACAAUUGGAUAGUGAUGUCGAGGAGGAGUGUAAAAUUGAAAAUUAUUGUGACUGUUCGGAUAAGAGACGGUGUGUCAUAGCAAAAGACCCGAAUCAUGUGCGUAUGUUGCAUUAUCGGAAAACGGUGCCCAGUGUGCGUGAUUUGGAUAUAUCAGAGGUGUGUCGCAGUAUGUUCGAAUAAAAGAAAAUUUAAUUUUAGAA